AAACUUAAACCAAAAGAUUACUGAUUAAUCGAUGCCAAUUUAACAUAGACAACACAACUAUCUAGUUUUUCUUCAUCUUCACACGUCCCCUACGUUCCCAUCGCAAAAACCAACAUUCUUUGAUCAAACACCAACAACAUGGCUUGAAAAUCCACGCUGAAGCUAAAAAAGAAAGAAAAAAGAAACCUGAAACUCAUACAAGAGACAGAAACACUGAAACAAUGUCUUUCUUUAUUGGUAUGAUUAUAGGAAUCUCUGUUGGGAUUGGUCUCAUCGUAGCAUUUGCUAAGUACGAGAAUAUCAGAUCCAUGCGUCGUUCUCAAUUGGCUAAGACAGUCGCAGCAUUUGCAAGAAUGACAGUCCAGGAUUCAAGAAAAAUUCUUCCUGAUGAGUUUUAUCCACCUUGGGUUGUCUUUUCACAGAGGCAGAAGUUAACUUGGCUUAAUGCUCAACUUGACAAGAUUUGGCCUUAUGUUGACGAGGCAGCAUCAGACCUGAUAAGAAGCAAUGUUGAGCCAAUUCUUGAACAAUAUACGCCAGCUAUAUUUUCAUCUAUGAAGUUUUCCAAGUUGACCCUUGGUACUGUGGCUCCACAAUUUACAGGAGUUUGCAUUAUUGAAGAGGAAAGUGGAGACAAGGGUAUCACCAUGGAAUUGGAGAUGCAGUGGGAUGGCAAUCCAAAUAUUGUACUUGAUGUCAAUACAAGAGUUGGUGUGGCACUACCCAUCCAAGUGAAAAAUAUUGGAUUCACUGGGGUUUUCAGGUUAAUCUUCAAGCCACUAGCCGAAGACUUUCCUGGUUUUGGAGCUGUUUCUUAUUCCUUGAGAGAAAAGAAAAAGCUGGAUUUUACGCUUAAAGUUGCACGUGGUGAGAUAUCAGCAAUCCCAGGCCUUUCUGAUGCUAUUGAGGAAACCAUAAAGGAUGCUAUUGAAGAUUCUAUAACAUGGCCAGUUCGGAAAAUUGUAUCAAUAUUACCUGGGGAUUAUAGUGACCUGGAGUUGAAGCCCGUUGGAACAUUAGACGUGAAGCUUGUGCAGGGCAAGGACUUGACAAAUAAAGACAUUGUCGGAAAAUCUGAUCCUUUUGCUGUCUUAUUUAUACGUCCACUACGUAGCAGAAUGAAAACCAGCAAAACAAUUAGCAACCAAUUGAAUCCCAUAUGGAAUGAACACUUUGAGUUCGUAGUUGAAGAUGCAUCAACUCAACACUUGACUGUAAGAGUCUUCGAUGAUGAAGGAGUUCAGGCUGCUGAACUCAUUGGUUGUGCUCUAGUGGCACUAAAGGAUCUUGAGCCUGGUAAAGUGAAGGAUGUAUGGUUGAAACUAGUCAAAGAUUUAGAGAUCCAGAGAGAUAACAAGAACAGGGGUCAGGUGCACUUGGAGCUUUUGUACUGUCCGUAUGGCACAGAGAGCAGUUUCAAAAAUCCUUUUAACCCUGAUUUUCAAUUGACCACUUUAGAGAAGGCCAUUAGGAGUGGCACUGAUGGAACAGGUGAUCCUAAUUCUGGAAGAACAUCUCCAAAGAAAAAUGUCAUCGUGAGAGGAGUACUAUCAGUUACUGUUAUAGCUGCAGAAAACUUGCCGGCAACUGACUUGAAUGGAAAGGCCGACCCCUAUGUUAUCCUUAAAAUGAAGAAAUCUGAGAAAAAAGCCAAGACUAGAGUCCUAACUAAGAACCUAAAUCCAGUUUGGAAUCAAACGUUUGAAUUUGUUGUGGAGGAUGCAAUACACGAUAUGUUAAUUGCAGAAGUCUGGGACCAUGACACUUUUGGCAAGGAUAAAAUGGGAAGAUGCAUAAUGACACUCACCAGGGUUCUAUUAGAAGGAGAAUUUCAAGACAGCUUUCCACUAGACGGUGCUAAAUCAGGAAAGCUGCUUCUGCAUCUCCAGUGGACACCGCAGCUAAAGUUUCGUGAUUCUUGAUCUACAACUAAAAGGCUGGAAUUUGAUGGAUUGCACCAGAAUUUAACAGAUAUCCCUUGUCUAGACCUGAACUAGAAGCACAACUAGCAAGAUUUAACAUGGAAGAACACUUUUGAGAAUAUCCGCGACGCAACUCAAUGUAAGAUGGUGAAGCCAAUGGUUUUUGAGCAAGAGAGCUUGCAUUUGCAAAUGUAUUCUGGUUACUCACGGGAACAGGUACAAUAUUGAACGGUUGCAAUGGAGGCGAAUUUCUCCACUGUGGAAGCGGACCUGCAAGAAGUAGCGUUUGAAGGAGAGGGCGUGCUUCCAUUAGAGCCUGCAGCAGCUUUCCCACGACUUUUCCUUUUACGAAAUUUUCAAUUACAGCAUCAGCCGGAUGGAUCUUGGCCACUGCUGGAGGCACUAAACCUGCUGAUAUAGAGCCUUUAUACUCUUGAACAAAGGUGUUGCUCACAAGCCCCAUAUGACUUGAGUCUGCCAAGUUAUUGUUAGAGAAUUCUGGUGAAGUAAUUGUAUCAAAGAAGGGAUCCACAGGAGAGGAGCCAUGUGAUUGGUGAUUAUAUGUUUCAGAUAAACAGUUAGAUUCAGUUAUGCUCGAGUUUCCUAUCACAGAAACUACAAGAAGGUUUUCGGAUUGUUCUUGAGGAUGAAUAGGCAGGGACUCUAAUUCAAUGGUGGCAUGCACAAGCUUCUGCUUCAAUUCAUCAAUGCUCUGUCAAUAUUCAAUACAGAUUAAUUAGUUUGAGAAAGGGAUAAUAACAUGUUAUUACAUCCUUAAUAUCAUGCAGUAUUGUCAUGAUUAUAAGGCAACAGAACGAAAAUAGAAGCCUUGGUUCCAAGGAAACACGAGAAUGAACACCAAUACCUAUGCAUCAAUAUAUGGGACAUGUGGACAGAAAUUCCAAGUAAA